UUUAGGGUAUUGCUGUGAUAUCUUUUAAGGUAUUUCUACUGCAGUCUCAUUUACAGUAUUUUUACUGCAAUGUCUGUAACCAGAGUGUAACAACACUUUUAGUGUAUUUUCCUUUAUUUUUGCUUAAAGUAGUUUUGUUGUUUAUAGUACUGUUUAUUAAUUUUAACCCGUAGAAGCAUUCUGAUUGCAGUGCAGCACUUUAAGCUAAAACUUAACAUAAAAAUGAGAUACACAUCUGUCAGAUUUGUCCUUAAAAUUGACUUUUAUUUGUAGAAAACUGAUUUGAAAUGAAUGAAAGUACAACAUUUGUUUUUAAACGCAGACUGAUUUUCUAAAACACUGAAUGUUUCUACUUGUGGGCCUCAUUAAAAAUGCAUUGAAUCAUUUUGAUAUAUUACACCAAACCCGCAAUUACUGUGACAACGUAAUGCAUUCUGGGUCAUAUGACCUGGACUGCUGCUUUUCUCCUAUUACGCAACAUAAUGAGGCAUAAAGCAUAAGGAGGAUACUUAAAAGCUAUAAUACGUUUAAUUGAAUCCAUUAUAUUCAAAAAGUUAAAUGUAUUUCAGGUGUGACAGAUUUGAUUUUGCUCCGUUAUUGUAAUAUUGAUCUUUGAUUUUUAAUUUGCUGUUUAAUUCUCCCUGAUAAGCUCCGGAGUUCUCGGAGCUCCUCUCCGCGAUUCGCUCCAGCAGGAAUGGAGGAGAGUAAUCUAUUACACACGCUGAGGAGGUAACGAGCCCCGCAUCCCUUCCACCUGACUGAGUGUGAGCGCGUCACACAGAGAGGUGAGUCCACUGUGAGUCACACCGGGGCUGAAGACCGAGGAGGCAGAGAGUUCUUCCCCCCCGAGGAGGAAUCAUCCGAACCACCGCUGCUGCUGAUCCCCCAUCAUUUAUUAUUAUUAUUAUUAUUAUUAUUAUUAUUAUUAUUAUUGUCAUUUAAUUCUGAGGAUUUAUUCACGGAACGUCCGGGACGCGGAUAUUACAAAAAAUAAAAGGAAAGUGCUUUAUUUAUUUUAUUUUAUGUUUUAUUUUUUCCGUGGGAGGAUGGUCAGUGGAUCAGCUGCACGGAGGACAAACGGCUUUCCACGCGGAUAUUAAUGCGCUCUGUCACUUUGCGUGAUGGAGAACUUUACCAUGUGGAGUAAUUUCACUCGAGUUCUGUCAGAGCUGGACGGGACGGAGGAGGACGAGGAUGGGGAGGAGGACGGCGGAGGGAUCGGCGGACUGCGCGUCCUCGUCGCCUGCGUGCUCUUCCUGCUCAUCGUGUCCACGUUGCUCGGGAACACGCUCGUGUGCGCAGCCGUGAUAAAGUUCCGCCACCUGCGCUCCAAAGUCACCAACUUCUUCGUCAUCUCUCUGGCCGUGUCCGACCUGUUCGUGGCCGUGCUCGUGAUGCCGUGGGAGGCCAUCACUGAGGUGACCAACACGUGGCUGUUUGGACGCUUUUGUGACGUCUGGAUCGCCUUUGACAUCAUGUGCUCCACAGCGUCCAUCCUCAACCUGUGCAUCAUCAGCGUGGACCGCUACUGGGCCAUCUCCAGCCCCUUCAAGUACGAGCGGAAAAUGACUCACCGCGUGGCGUUUGUCAUGAUCGGGGUGGCGUGGACGCUGUCCAUUCUGAUCUCCUUCAUCCCCGUGCAGCUCAAAUGGCACCGGGCCGGGGAGGAGGAGCAGGAGGUGGCGAUGGAGGAGAUGGCGGCGAUAAUGGCCGCCAGCGGAAAGAACUUUACAAACACGAGCAGCUUCAACUCGAGUGACGUCGCCUCCCAGAGCUGUGUGGCCAACCUGAACAAGACCUACGCCAUCUCCUCCUCCUUUAUCAGCUUUUACAUCCCAGUGGUGAUCAUGAUCGCCACCUACACCCGCAUCUACCGGAUCGCUCAGACCCAGAUCCGUCGGAUCAUGUCUUUGGAGCGGGCGGCAGAGCAGGCGCAGCACCAAGGCCACGGCGUGAACAGGAACCAGCAGCAGGUGCAGCGGCCCGGCGACGAGGCCUCGCUGAAGUCCUCGUUCAAGAAGGAAACCAAAGUCCUGAAGACGCUUUCAAUCAUCAUGGGCGUGUUCGUGUUUUGCUGGCUGCCCUUCUUUGUCCUCAACUGCACCGUCCCCUUCUGCGACCCGCCGUGCGUCAGCGACACCACCUUCACCGUCUUCGUCUGGUUCGGCUGGGCCAACUCGUCCCUCAACCCGGUCAUCUACGCGUUCAACGCAGACUUCCGCCGAGCUUUCGCCAGCAUCCUGGGCUGCGGCCGAGUCUGCUCGAACAACGCGGUGGAGGCGGUGAACUUAAGCAACGAACUGGUUUCCUACCACCACGACACCACCCUCCACAAGGAGGCGCUGGUCCCCGCUCAGCCGCAGCAGCAUCCCCGCAACAUUAACGUCAGCUCGGACCACCUGGAGGACAUGAGCGCACAUUUUGACGAGGAGUCGAUCAUCUCCAACAGUUCUCCGAGCCACAACAGACUGCUGCUGCUUCCCGCAACCAUCCAGUAUGAGGAAGACCCAGAGAUUUCCUUGGAAACAAUCACACCGUUCACCUCAGCUCCAGGGCUGGAGAGUGAUGCUCUGAUACCGGGACAAGUCCACCAGGACGGAUAGGACAGACUCAGUGUUUGAACAAUACUCCAUGAUGUGUGGACUUUAGAACUUCAUAAUUUGGGUUAUUGAUCUGAAACUGGCCAAAAUCACCACUGAGCACAAAGAAAGUAUAAUCUCCAUGUUCAUCCUGUUAUAGCCUGUCAUGGAGGGACAGAUGAUGUUUGAAAAGACUUUGUCUUGACAAGUCUCACGGCUGAUAUCUGGAGCUCUGAGGUCUCUCCAGACGAAUGUCCCAUUAACAACUCAGUAGUUUGAGAGAGCAAAAGAUGAUAUUGGAUUGGUAUCCAUACUAAAUGAACACGUCAUUAAAAUUGCACUAAAACUUCCUUCUCAUUUAAACUCUUUAAAUGAGAGUCCAGUGACACCACCUGCUGGUUUCUAAAGUCCAGUUCUGAAGCCUCAAACUGAGCAUUUCGGGCAUGAUAACCAGGCGUGAUGAGCUUCUUUCCCACUAUAACAUUUUCAGUGUGGAUCAAGUGCAGAAAUGAAAAUGCCCUGUUUCAUGUAGAUAAAUAUAAAAAAGAAAAACAGAACUGUUUAUGCACUUUUUCUUAGUGCGAGGAUCUGAACACUCUGUGAUUCCCAAAUCACUGCAGUAUAUGCACUAAGUAGAUGUGCCCUAAAUCAUACCCCUGCUUUACUGUCCAUUUAACUUUUUAUGGGACCAUAAUUUAUCAAAAUAAACAUUUUAUGUCCACUAAGAUAUAAAACUAGGAAUCAAGACCAUAAACUCAUCAGAUAAGUUUUCACUGAAGUCAUUUAUCAUGUGAGAAGGGGAGCCAUUUUCCCAUAGUGUUAAAUAUGAUCCGAUUUCUUUGUCCUACUGGCCUUUAGAAAGAAGGCAGGUUCGAGGCAUUCCAGCGUUGGCUGGAUCUAUCCAGCCUGAUAAUAAAUAACAGGCAGGAAGCUCAAGCUUCUCUUAAAAUGCCAGCAUCCUAAUAUAUAUUUUUUUACAUCCUAUUUGCUGUUGUAUUUUGUAUUUUCUUUGUAUUUUCAUCUUUUUUUAGGUUGUUUAAAUAGAAACAGAUUUAUGUGUGUGGAAAUGUGACCUGACAAAGAGCCUCUGCAAACCCAAUGCAGACACAAUCGUUUAAACCCAUAUUUAUUCACAGUAGAACACAGAAAACAUAUCAGAUGUUUAAGCGUAGACAUUUUAAUAUGAAAUGAAAAUAUGACCUCAGUUUGAUCUCAUGGCAGCAACAUGCCUCAAAAAAUCCAUGAUGGGAGCAAAGAAACAGCUGGAGAAACAUGUUGUACGAAUCAGGUUAAUUGGCAGCAGGUCAGUAACAUGACUGGGUAUAAAAAGAGCAUCUUAAUCUAUAAAUUGUGAAACAAUUUAUGAAUAAUAUUCAUCAAAAUAAAAUUGCAAAAAACUCAGAAUAUCUCAUCAUCUACAAAAUAUUAAAUCAUAAACUAGUCUGGAGAAGUAUCUGUGUGCAUGAGACGAGGCUGGAAAUCCGGACUGGAUGCUGGAUGGUGAUCCGAUGGCCCUUUGGCUUCGGAGUAGAAGAGUCCGAGUGCUGAGCCAGCUGAGAACAUCUGGAGCAUCCUGAAACCAAAACAUGGACCUGCACAAACUUUUAGAGACAUGUCGCUACCAUCAAAUUCAAAACGAGCUAAUAUGUUCAUGAAGACUUACUCAGUUUAAUCAUUUCAUUCGUUUUUUGUGAAUAAAUAGGUUUAUGACAUUUGCAAAUCAUUGUAUUCUGUUUUUAUGUACAUUUUCCACAGCAUCACAACUUUUUGUAUAUUAGGAGAGCGCUGUUAGAAAAACAGACGUGCUUUAGAGACAAGUAGAAGUGACCGCUGUU